UCGAUAAUAUUUGUCGGCGCAGGGAUCUGAUAUGAGUAUGUUUUUUAUUUAAUGUUACAAUUACAAUGAAUCCGAUUACUUCCUCAAAGGAAUCGCUAUCACAGGCACUACAAUGCAAAAUUAUACCAAAUCAAGAGUACCUACUACAAGGAUCAAUAAUUGAAUCUGCUGUUGAUCAUUUAUUGCACAGGCUCCGUGGUCUUUGUGACAAUGUUGAAACUGCUCCAGAGACUUUUCAUGAUUUGGAAGUUUGUAUGAGCAUGAGGCAGCCAAAUCAACAAUUAAGUGUACGGGUUCGCCGAGCUCUUGACAGAGAUGUACCAUAUCAACUGCGAUAUAUAGGACAACCUGAACUAGAUCGAUCACGGCCAACUCUUGUACGAUCAAGUAUUGAUGUAGGAUGUACUUCAACUGUUCUUGAAUUUUUAACUGAAUUGGGCUGUCGUCUAGACUUCGAAUAUGUUAGUCAAGGAUAUAUGUUUCGAAAAGGACGAAUGAAGAUAACAGUAGCAAAAGUAUUUAAAAUAAUGCACGGAAAGCAGAAUGAUGGUGAACCAGUUUGUCAUAGCUUUCUGGUAGAACUAUCAGUUUUAGCUCCAAAUGGACAAGACGCAAUAGGAGAUGAAAUGAGGAUUUUUGCAGAGCAAUUGAAGCCGUUAGUACAACUUGAAAAGAUUGAUUACAAAAGACUAGGAACAUUGCCCUAAUUUUAUUAUUCUAUGAUAUACAAUGGUGGUUAUGAGGUUCACUUAGUAUCUGUUAUCUAUAAAAUCAAAUAUUUAAUUUAGUUCGUAACUUUAACGAAUUACUUUUUAUACGCAAUGAUAAUCACGUUUCCAAUGGUCAUAUACUCCAUAAAAAGACAGGUUAUUUAAUAUCGCAAAAAAAAGUGAGGAAUAAGAAAUAGAAAUUUCACCACAAUAUACUUGAAGUAGUUGAAGUAAUUUUGGUGAGAAACUGAUGAAUUUACAUUGUUUAUUUUUGACAACUUUGGACUUGAUCUAAUCUUAUUCAUAGAUAGAUGCAGUAAACAUCCGAUAUAUGGCUGUCAAAAAUAAACCAUAUUCCUUCACCGCUUAUGUAAAUUUCAUUUGUUUUUCAUCAGAAUUCGUAGUACUUCGAAUAUAUAAUUUGUAAUGUCUUUCCUACAUCAUUCAUCAAAGGUUCAUUUUAUUUUUAACAAAAAAAAACUUUUUAAACCUUCUACGAGGCAAUUUUUGGUUUUUAAUAAAAAAAGAGAUCUACGUUUCAUAAAUCUUGAAAACUUUA